AUGCUCUUACAAUUGGCACGAAAAAAAAUCACACAGAGGAUCUCUGCGAGAUUCACAUCAUCCGUGGAAAGAAAUCCUAAUUUGCAUCGAGAUAAAGAUCAAAGAGAUAUCACAAAUAUGGAUUUGAUUGAGGAACGAAUUCGUCUGAACAGUUCAAAGAAGGUCCGAGAAAUUGUGAUCGAUGGACAACGCCAACAAUGGGCAUAUCGCUCGGAACUUGUCAGCAAGCACAACCUCGACAAAGAUCACAGAUACACCUGGCUCGCUUAUAUGGUAAUAAUCUGCGUUGGAUUCGGAGCGUUUGUGGCCGUCAAAUCACAAGUUGUCAUGGGCCGCCGUGAAGAAAUGGAAGCUCGUGAGGCAAUUCGAAGAGAGCUGCAGCUCAGUGGAGAUGACCGCAAGAAGAUUGGAGUUGUUUAA